UGUCGGGCAGCUUCGAUUCGACUGGAGGCGUUAUCUAGUAAGUACCAAAGCUUCGAAUUGACCAUGACCAAUGCUUGGUAUUUCGACUGCACUUUGCCUUAACCUCUUGUUAACGGGAAACAACACAGCCCCGGUAUCAUCUACUGGAACAACGGGCCAAUUAUGUGGUCUGUCGGGACCUACAAUCAGACAGGCAUCAAUCUGAUCAAUGAUGCCAAUGGAAAUCCAGUCAUCCUGUCCAUGUUCAUUGGCGGAGCCGUGCCGAGCGACUCGCCCGUAUACCAAGUCGAUCAGCUCUUGUUCGGCGACCCGGUUGCGAGCGCCGUUCUCGGCGUAUAUGUCGUCGGCUAUGCGUUGAUCCUGCUGUCGAUCGUGGUGGUUCUUAGAAAUACGAAGCGUCGGUCAAUCAAGUACCGCAGCCCGGUGCUGAACGUUGUGCUGAUGAUCGGGGAGCUUGUGUUUCUGUCUUCAGGGCUUACAAGCAUGUCUUAUGUCACACCGGCUCUAUGCAUUAUCGAGCCAUGGCUGAUCUGUCUCGGUCUGACAGUGAUGCUGUCGAGUGUCCUGGUAAAAGCCUAUCGUCUCUGGAAGAUAUUUGACAACCGGAACAUCAAACCGGAAGCCAUCUCAAACACAAAGCUCCUCCUCUUGGUUCUCUACCUGGUGCUCGGAGUGACUGUCUUCUUGAUCGUGUGGACCUCGCUCAAUCCCGUCGUCGUCGAAACCAUGUACACGAGCGACACGCAGUACCAAGGAUGCAUCUUCAUGUCGACGUACUUGACCUACUGGGUCACCACGGGUCUGCUCUUUGCAAUCUCAGGAACACUCCUGGUGCUCACAGCCUUUGUUGCACACAAGACAAGAAGCAUCCCGACGCAGUUUGGCGAAGCCAUACCCAUGGGCAUCUCUGUCUACAACAUCGUGAUCUGCUCGGUUCUGAUCCUGGCACAGAACUAUUCGGACGGAAUGCUGCAGCGCACAAAGUCUAUUGUCCGCCUAGUGAUCGAAUGGAUUGGCGUCAUGGUCGUCCACAACGUGCUGGUGACGCCUUCGCUGCUGGCGCUCCUCGAGGAGAUUAGAGGAUUUGAGCAAAGCGAGUUUGGGCUCAAGCUCCAGCAACCCGAACUCGACAUUGGCAAGGAUAGCAGAGGAUCGCAAAAGACUGUAAGCAAGUCGUCCAUUUCGCAUAUCUUUUACUGGAAAAAGGCAUCUGGAUUCAUGACAAAGUGGGAGCGGGUCAAAUGCGUCUUGUGCACCGGCGACGAGCCCGUCCUGUGCUUUCUUGAUCCGGAUAUGAAUAGGCCCGGUGUGAGCGUCCCGAUCCGGAGCUUGAUCUACCUCGAGCAAGACGAGAACGAGCCCUCGUUUAUCCAGAUCUCAUGGCCCGGCAGUGCCUACGUCAUCGAGGGCGAGAGCGAGUCCUUUGUCUCGUUCUGGGUCGCUACCGUCACAACCGAAAGCGAGAAGAUCGUGGACCCUCAGGCCAAAAGAAACGCAUCACUCCGUCGUCCCCGAGCAUCCAAGUCAAGCCGCAAGGGAAGUACGGCUCGGCACAGCAUCGCGAGCAUCGAGCAGCAACAGCAGUUCCAGCAGCAACAGCAGUUCCAGCAGCAGCAUCAGCAGCUCUAGGAUUCGCAGUAUCCCAAGUGACGGAGAGGGGGAA